UUAAGACUAACUUCAUAGAUAUGGAGAAAAGAGUAGGUGGUACUGGUGGGUCGGGAUCAGGAGAUGCAGAUGUGAGAAAAGGGCCACGGACCAUGGAAGAAGAUUUGAUUCUCAUCAAUUAUAUCACCAAUCAUGGUGAGGGUGUUUGGAACUCUCUCGCCAAAUCUGCAGGUCUAAAACGCACCGGAAAAAGUUGCCGGCUCCGGUGGCUGAACUACCUCCGACCAGAUGUGCGACGGGGAAAUAUCACAGCAGAAGAACAGCUCAUCAUCAUGGAACUUCAUGCCAAAUGGGGAAAUAGGUGGUCGAAAAUUGCAAAGCAUUUACCAGGAAGAACCGACAACGAGAUCAAGAAUUUUUGGAGGACCAAGAUCCAGAAAUACAUCAUUAAGAACGGAGAAACGACGACCGCUGGAUCACAAAGCUCUGAGAUCAUAAACCAUCAUGCCACAAGCACGGGCCAAGUCUUGAAUGAUACUCAAGAACCCAUAGAUACGUAUUCUCAACAUGCCAACAGUAUUGAUCAUCAGCUUAGUUACAACACUUAUGUGCCUGAAUCGGAUUCGAUCAUGAUGCCAUUAUCAGUUGAUCAAUCCGAACAAAACUAUUGGAGCGUCGAUGAUCUUUGGCCCAUGCAUUUAUAUAAUGGUAAUUAAUUAAUAAGUUAUUUAAAUUGCGGUCCAAAGAGGGAUAUAAAUAUUUUAUAUACAACUAUACGAGUAAAUAAACGUCGAUCGGUUA